UGAAACUGUCAAAAGCACAUUCAAAAAUAUCAAAUGCAAAUGUCAUCAUUUUCAUUUUUCUCUAAAUCAAAAAUAAUGCGAUUUUACGGUAAAAAGACAUACUUUUAUAGAAAAAGUGCCCCGGAACUAACGAUAUGAAGCUGAUACAUAAAGAAAUUGAUAAAGGAGGUCAGGGUGUUGUCACCCUGAUCCCCGAAGAACCAGAAGACAUGUGGCACGCCUAUAAUCUCAUAACCGAAGGUGAUGCUGUGAAAAGCUCUACAAUUCGUAAAGUGCAGUCAGAAUCGUCUACUGGCUCUUCAACUUCCAACAGAGUCAGAACUAUUCUGACAAUCACAGUAGAGAGUAUCGAUUUUGAUACGCAGGCUUGCAUGCUAAGACUGAAGGGCAGAAAUAUUGAAGAAAACCAGUAUGUUAAGAUGGGCGCAUAUCACACACUAGACCUAGAAUUGAACCGUAAAUUCACACUUCGUAAACCAGAAUGGGACUCUGUGACAUUAGAAAGAAUUGAAAUGGCUUGUGACCCCACAAAGUCAGCUGACGUGGCUUCAGUAAUAAUGCAAGAAGGUCUUGCUUAUGUGUGUCUUAUUACUUCCAGUAUGACUCUAGUUAGGGCCAAAAUUGAUGUGAAUAUACCUAGGAAGAGGAAAGGGUUUGCACAGCAACAUGAAAAGGGGUUGACAAAAUUCUAUGAACAGGUAAUGCAAGCCAUCCUCAGACACAUUGAUUUUGAUGUAGUUAAAUGUAUUCUCAUUGCUUCGCCUGGAUUUGUUAGAGAUCAAUUUUUCGAAUAUAUGUUCCAAAUGGCAGUAAAACUUGAUAAUAAAUUAUUGUUGGAAAAUAAAUCUAAAUUUAUGUUGGUCCAUGCUUCUUCAGGCUUUAAACAUUCCCUCAAAGAGGUUCUCCAAGACCCAGCAGUAAUAGUUAAAAUGUCAGAUACCAAAGCGGCAGGGGAAGUCAAGGCCUUAGAACAAUUUUAUACCACUUUACAGUGUGAACCUGCCAAAGCUUUUUAUGGGAAAAAACACAUUGAAAUAGCUAAUGAGGCUCAAGCUAUCGAGAUGCUGUUGAUUUCUGAUAAACUGUUCAGAUGUGAAGAUGUAAAACUAAGAAAGGAAUAUGUGCACAUUGUGGAUACUGUUAGGGAAUCGGGUGGAGACGUUAGGAUAUUUUCAAGUAUGCAUGUAUCUGGAGAACAAUUGGAACAAUUAACGGGGAUAGCAGCAAUUUUACGAUUUCCUAUGCCCGAAUUAGAAGAGGAUAGCGACGAUGAAGAAAAUAGUUAGGAAUAAAAAUUCGAUCAUUGAUAUUGUUUUUUGGAAACGUGCCAAAAUUAUUUCUGUAUUUCCCCAAAAACAAAAUACUUAAGUAACAAAAAAAAAAGUGGUUAUGCUGAAUAGGUAAUUUGUUGUAUACAUUUUUGAUAAAUACUCUAGUUAGUAUAUUAAAUCAAUUAAUUUGCCUUGCCUGCUCAUAGUAGAUAAUUUUUGUUGUAAAAAAUAUGUAGUUAUAUUUUUUUAAAUUAUUUAUUAUAAACUUUGUUUUACUUUUAUUUUAUCAAUAAAUUGUAAUUAACUGUA